UUUAAAUGUCCAUCAUUUACCAUGAACAAGACUGGAGGAUACAAAAUGAAGUAUUUUACAGACCAGAUGUAACUAAUGAGGAUGGGAGUUAGUACUCCAUUUUAUGAAAUAAGAAGAAAUUCCAUGAAACUUCAAAUGAUGCACAACAACAGGUCACGGGACAUUCCUGUAAGUCUGGACCCGAGCCUGGACCAAACAAGAUGUGAGUUGGAGAAUUACAGAUUGUGUGCAGAUGGCAGCUGUAUAUCUCAGGUGGAUCUAUGUCCUGAAGAACAGCUGAUGAACCAGAACACUAUUCUGAUAAUGAUUGUGGUGGGACUGGCUGUAGUUAUCUUUCUCAUUGUCCUCUACUGCUUCCAACAAAGAAACAGAAGUCCUUCCCAUGCCAGAGGUCGGUCAGUUCGCAGCAGUGGAACAAAUGAUGAGGCAGAUCGAGUCUCUUUAUUUCUACCGCCUCCCACUUAUGAUGAAGUUAUCACAACAAAUUUGUACCCUCCUACACCUCAAAUAUUACAGAGAAGGGACAGGAUAGCUUCAUCUGAGGAACCAAUGACACCUCCCCCAAAUUAUGAUACAGCUUUAAUUCUACUAUCUAGGAGUCACGAAUCUGUGUUGUCACCAAAACAUGAGGGAGAACCCAAGAGACCCCCAGUCAAUAAUGGUUAUCGAAGAAGUUUAUCAGUUGACCAGUUAAGUCCAAAUUCAGGAGACACUAGUGUUCAGAUAUUUCAGUAUGACGAGACUGCAGAACCUAAUCCAGACAAAACAAAUCUUAACACUAUAUCUGAGAUAAGGUGACAGACAUGUCAUCACCAUAGAAUUUCUCAUGUUACCAACUGAAAGUGGGAUUGUACUCUAAUUCCAAGAGUUCUAAAGACCCUAUACUGCAAUGCAGUGCAUUGUGGUGUAAAAGCCAUGAACUGCAUACAGGAGCUGCAAGAUCUUGCAUGGAAUUUGAAAAAAAAAUGUUUACAACUGUAGAGUGAUGAUUUAUCAAUGUAGGAUAAUGUUUUUGGUUCUUAGUUGUGCAUAUAAAUUAAUGCUAAACAGUAAGUGUGUACAUGUAAGUGUAUUCUGUUAGCCUGCCUAUUAAAUUUGUAGAAAAGGUGUUUCUACAUUCUAAAACACAGUGGAAAAAGAUAUUUGAAGCACUGUGUUAUAAACAAAAUAAAGAAUAUG